GAAAAUAAUCAUUUAGAUGUUGCUAAUAAGCGGUCGCUUACCUAUACUUGAACAAACAAAUUCACCUCAAAGUUUAUUUGCACCUUUUCCUGGUGCAAUAACUUGUCGUUCGAACAUUUACACAAAUUGUUGUGCAUUUUUCAUAAGCAGAAUAAGAUUUAUUGCAAUCGUCGAAAAAUAAUCGUUUUCAAGAGUGAAAAAAAAUGCUCUCCAAAGCAAAUCUAUUCGUAGUUGCUGCCUCGGCAUUAUUCUUCGUUUUGCUGGCAGGCGGAGCACAAGAACCAGCCAAAUUAAAAGAUGACAUACCCAUCCCGGACUGGGGUCCUGAAAAUGCAAAAGAAGAAAGAGACGUGAUCAACGAAAGAAAGGAAAACUUGACCAAAUUUAUCGACAUUGCUGCCUACAGAGGUGACCCAAUUCAACAGUACAAGUUAACUUUACGAGACGCUAAUCUAGUAAUGAGGGACAAUUACGCCGAAUUGAUAUACGAAAUUGGUCACAAUAUAUACCCUCUGAUCAUAGCCAGCGACGCUACACCAGGUUACGAAGGUGUAGGUACCUUGUACACGUUAUUUUUGGAAGACGGUUCGAUGAAACAAGUCGCCCCAACGACCCCCGAAUACGAAAUGUAUAAAGAUUUAGCUCACAUGGCGUUAGGUAUGUACACGAUUGUCGCUCCUUAUUUCAACGCGCCGGUUUCCACCAAUUGGCAUGAUAAAAUGAGAAACUAUCAGAAAGUGAUUAAAGAGAGUGUGUUCGCUUUAAGCCACAGUAAUUAUUCUACGGACGAUCAUUUGAUCAAUUGCACAUCGCCGUUAUCGAAGAAAGAUCACUACGACAUGCUUUACAUGGCAAAUAAUUACAUCCAAUCUUGCUUUGAAAAAAAUUCGGUAGAUUUGCCCAGUUAUAAGAAUUUCGCGCGUAAUUAUUCGGUAUACGCGAUAAAAGCAUUGAAUUGCGCGUCUCAACUGCAAGUGAACGCAGCCUUCCCGUUGAUAUCGAAAUGGAGAGAUGAAUUGGGACCGGAGUUAUGGAGAGAUUUAUACGUACUGAUCCCAGUGAUAUGGCCAGUUGCCAGACGAAACCCUCGUCAGCAAAUUUUUGAAAAUUUAAUGGACCCGGAUCGUAUUAAAACACAUAUUCUGAAAACCGAGGGAGCUAAGACUUUCGAAGAUUCGCGUCUGAUUUUGGGUCGGAUUGUAGGCGACAGAUUGAUGGCUGAGUUGGUAUUUGGAACUUCGAAUAUAAAUAGAACCGAGUUGAAUUUGGCCUUAUCUACGAGAAGAGAUUUGGUUUCGACGGCUUGUGAUAAUGCUAUUGCCGUUUAUGAGAAUCUCACUCUUCCAACGACUCCUGCUCCGUUCACGACAACUCCCUUAUACGAUGACAAAAAACCAUAAAAUAUUAAAUGAUUAUCUACCUAAUAUUAUUAGGCCUUUUCGAAAACAUAAUACGAGUAGGUAUUUUUGCAUUGGAAUAUUCAUUAGCUUUGUACUGGUCUAAAUGUAAUGAAUUAAAUUACAGAUAACUCAUUGAACUUA